CAGCCAUUCCAGUUUAAUCUUGGUUUAAUUUAAGAUUCAAAUGUCACGUGUCUAUACAAAAAUGGCGGGAGUGGGCAAAGUCUAUGGCAAAGUAAAACCUCCCCAGGUAUUUAUAGAUGCCGUCAGUAAAGUUAUGAGAGAGUGGCAAGCUAUAAAGAUAGCAGUGGAGAAUAUGUUUGGUGGGCCCCUGAGUAAGGAAAAGGCACAAUGGAUGGAAGAAGUGACAGUUGACUUCAUGUGCAACAAUAUUGACGUUCAGUCAUGGGAAUUAGAGGAUUAUUUGUGCGUUCUAAUGGACCAAGAGUUCCACACAUCAGUAGAAGAUGCUAGUGUACCAAUGAUUGCAAAGAAGAUAUGUGAACUUUAUUCUGACUAUCAAUCCGGUAAUAUUCAAAAGAUUCAAGAUUUUAUAUCAAAGAGUCGCUCACCUGUUCCAUCAGUCCAAGUACAGUGUGUAGAAGAGGAUGAGAAAGAAGAGGUGAAUGGAUUAGAAGUUGUUGAAGAAGAAGAAAGUGAUAGUGAAGGAAUUCAAGAAGAUUUAGAACAAUUAAAACUAAAUGAACAGACCAGUCCAAAGAAAGAACCAAUAGCACCAAUACCUGAUGAUGGAUGGGAAGUUGUUAAGAGAAGCCGCCGCAAAUCAAAAAACUAAUGACUCCUCCAUUCCGUGUACAUAUGAUUGGGAUUUUUAUAAAAAGAGGAAUACAAUGCAGAUCAGACUUUUAUGACAAA